AUGUGCCUACGAUCGUCGUGCUCGGCCUCUAAGAACGCACUGAAUCGUACCUACAAUUGUUGCAUUGAUAAUCAGGAAUAUUGUACCACGAAUAGAAAAGGUCUCAAAUCCCAGGGGGCCGGUAAAUCAGACGAACAGGCCAACACUAAUCCUGAAGAUCCUUUUGUUACCCCUUUACCAUUAGAAAAAUCUUUACCAGGCUUCGCUCCAGAAAAAUCUACGUUGAAGAGAAGACCUGGCAGACCAAAGAAGAAGUCUAGUUUCUCCUCCGCCCCGACAUUUACUACGGCAGACGAAAAUCAGAUAAAUCACAUCGGACAAUGCAUCUGUUUCCAAAUCCAACUAAAGAUAGAGAACGCUUUAGUCAACGUGUUCUAUCAAUUGGUGGAUGUAUUUCAU